UUUUGCACGCGAUUUUCUCCGUUUCACGUUUCUGUUAGAUAUGAUGUAACGAAAAAACGCUCUAGUAUUCUGGUCUUUGAAGACAAAAUGAAGAUUUUUUAUUAGAUGUGAAGAUAUUCAAAAAUUUGUAAAGUUAUUUUGUGAUAUAACGAAGAUUUCAUUGUUGUGUGGUUCUAAGAGUGUCUUGCUGGCAUCAGCAUUGUUUUGUCUCGAAUCUUUUGCGUAAGAAUCGGUAAAGAAAAAAGAGCGUAUUUAUAACGCGAAUACUUGAUUCAUAUUCCGAAAAAUUUACGAUGGAGUCAGGUGGCGAUAGAGGAUUUGGAUCUCAUUUGAGUAGGAUUUACAACGUUCCAACCUUUUCGGAUGUGACCAUAAUACUGGACAACGACUUAGAGGAUGGGGGUGGAACCACUACUUUCUAUGGCCACCGUGUGGUGUUGGCUAAGAUGUGCGAGUAUUUUCGGAAGAUGCUCGGUUCAUUUGAAAACGCUAACCAAGUAAUACGCCUCCAAAACUUUCGAAUCUCAGCGUUUGAGCAAUGUAUGCACUUUGCAUAUUUUGGAUGGACGUACAAACUUGAACAUAUGUCGCUGGAGCAAUGCAAUCAGUUUUAUGCUAUGACAGAACUGCUGAUGAUCGAUGUAGGUGAUCAUUUUAACAAAUGGAUUUGCAACAAAAUCAUUACAUGGGAAAAGGACAUUUGGACGCUCUUAACAAUGGGAGUAAACUACGGUUUAAAAGAGUUAUCUGAGAAAUGCAUUUCACAUUUCUCAGACAUUGCCAACGAAUUUCUUCGUUUUGAGUCGUUUGAGAAAUUGCCUCUGAUUGCCGUCCAGAUGGUAGUCGCAUGUAAAGCAAUGAAUUGCACCAGGGCUGAAUUGUUACGAACUGUUCGACACUGGAUUGUCGUUAACGGGGAAAUGAUUGACGCGAAAGAAAAGAAGGAAUUGCUGCUGAAAGUGUCUCAACGCAAAAUAAUUUGUUAUAAAGGCAAGAAACUUUUUCUUUAUGGCAAAACGAGCCCGAAACAUCGAACUAUUAAACGCAAUACUAAUGCAGAAGUACCGACGCCGCCUGAGUGGCUACUUACUACAGUAAAGCCAUAUGCUUUUACAUCCCAGAUGAAGUUUCAGAAAUGCUUGCUGAUUGAUGGCAUUAUAUUCUUUCUUCAAAGCAACAGAACAUUUGGCCUUGAAUACAUGUAUUCACAGUCUGAGAUUGAUUUGAAAUUCGAAAUUAAAGGUCGAUCAAAGAAUGGUGUUAAGACCCUCUGCAAACGGAACAUUCACAUCAUUUCUGAUUUUACUCGAUCAAAUCUUCGUCUAGUGCGACUGUUUUUCCCAGCGGUAAAAUGUUGUGCUCUCAACGAAAUCACUUUUGCGUUCAGUUGGAAAGCUGCUGGAGUGCAACCUAACAUCUACAAGUUUGGCAUUUUCAAAAACGAUCUAACCAUGGGGCAAUCAUCAUUCGUAUCUCACAUUUACUACCAAGAAGUUAAGCCCAAAAACAGCACUUGCGGCAAUUGUCCUCUGUCUUGGGAUAGCGACAGCGACAAUUCGUGUUCAUCCAGUUACAGAUGUACCGGUUCAGAGUCCGACGAUGAUGACAGCGCUAAAUGGUUCUAG